GUUUCGCAUCCGGUUUAACUGAUAUUUAUUAGCGUACACUGAAGCAUUACUUACCUAACCCAAUUUAGCCUGUCCAUAGCUCAAUUUUGAGCACAGCAACACACUGCUGGUUCGUCUUAUUAAUAAUCAGGGAUGGUUUGUGUUUUCACCACAUGACGACACUCAAAAGCGGAUGUCAACAAAGUCGCAGGACUUGUGUAGACUGACCGGUUGAAACUGAAAUCUUUGGGCUCAUUUCACCCCUCCUGUCGGGUUUGUCUGGGGACGUGUGUUGUCCCCCUUUUCUCCCGCGAGAUGGGUAGUCAUUUCCGCAGUUACGUGUGGGAUCCGGUCCUCAUCAUCUCUCAGAUUAUUUUAAUGCAGUGCAUCUACUACAGCUUCUUGGGUCUGUGGUUGGCUGGUGUGGAUGGUUUGGUACAGACCAGUAGAUCACUUGACCAGAUAUUCAGUUAUGAGGUUCUUAGCUUUUCAACAACGCAAGGUCGCCUCUCGAUGAUGGCAUUCAUUCUGAACUCUCUCACAUGUGCCCUCGGCCUGUGGUUUUUCAUUCGACGUGGAAAGCAAUGUCUGGACUUCACCGUUACAGUGCAUUUCUUCCACGUGAUUGGCUGCUGGAUCUAUAACGCCCACGUCCCAGCCGCCCUGUCAUGGUGGCUGGUCAACGUGGCCUGUAUCGCCCUCAUGGCAGUCAUUGGCGAGUACUUGUGUAUGCGGACAGAACUCCGAGCCAUUCCUGUGAACACAGCGCCCAAAUCAAACCUAUGAGAACUAGAGACUGGUCCCUGUGGAUCAGCUGCUGUGUGUGUGUUUGAUGUUGGUGCCGCAGACAGGACUGGCGUGUUUGACUAAUGCUGCUGUGGUUUUUCCAGCGUUUGACAAUGGGAGGAUAAUUGGCUCUGAGGAUGGACAGAAAUGACUUGGUUUCCCAGUGAUGUAUCAGUCUUGUCAUUGUAUCUAAUCAGACUUUUAAACUAAUGGCAGACGUGGCGUCAAAUGGUUGUCAAGGUAUUGAGUUUCUAAGCCAUAACACAUGAUAAUGGUGGCUUCAUGAGACUUACUUCAGUCAGAUUCAUUUCUAAACUAUUUAGGACCAACUGAAAAUAUGGUGGAUUUCAACCAUACAGAAAACACCAGAUGUCGUGUGUAUUUUAAAAAUAAACUACAAUGUAAAACACAAUUGACUGAUAAUGGUUACAGUCAGUGUGUCACCUCUUUGGUAGCAAUAAAAAAACUUUUUCAUAUAACCACCGUUUUCCCAGUUAACAAAAAACAGAGUAAUUUAGAUGUUUUUGCAAUUAAUUCAAUCUUACAAUAAUGGCAAUUUCUUUAUUUUGUUCUUGGUCCAAUCUUGUGUAUAUGUGUAUAUACACAUAUAUAUAUUUAUAUAUAGGCUACUCACAACAGCUGGCGAAAUCAUCUAAAUGUGUGACCUUAAAGGUAGGUUGUCAAACCAGUUUCAUUUCAUUUCAUUUUUAGGGUUCCAUCAGUCAUGGAAAACCUGGAAAUUUCAGGAAAUUUGAAAAUGGUAAUUUACAGACCUGGAAAUUUAUAUUGUGACUACUGAUUUUUACUAGUUGCUCAUCUUGGAAAUUUUUCAUGGGCUAUAAAUUGCUCUUUGUAAGUGCAGUCUGUAUAAAAUUAUAUUUUUAUUCAUGGAAUUUCAUUGGUAUAAAGGUGUGGGAACCCUGCAUUUUGCAGUCUGGUAAAAGCAGUAUUUAUUUUAAGUAGAAUCAGCAUAAGAUCAUUUUGAAAUAAUUCAUGCAGUGUUAAACGAGUCAGAAAACUCGGAUUUUGUGAAUUUAAGAGAUAAAUUCGAGCAACUGGCUUAAACUUUUAGGUUCUCUUUGCAAUAAAACAAAGUUCAUGCUAUAUAUGUGUACUUGUAUUAUCUGUUUUUUGUUUAUUAGAAGUAUGAGCUUUGGUUGCUUGGUAAGUGAUGUAAUAUUUCCUGUGUUAACCUUGUGACAUCCUGCCUCAAGCUAUUUUAGCCCACAUUUAGCUGAAUGAGACUAUAAAAAACACUGAACGACAUCAUGUCAACUACAUGUUGUCAUAUGUAUAUGUAGUCUCAAGCUAUUCUCAUAGAAGAUAAUACAAUUGCAUGAUAUAACUGGUGUUGGUACAUUCAUAGACCCAUUAUUGAGACAUUGUAAUUCGUGAUGCAAGCCUGUUACUGAGUUUUUAGCUGCGAGUACACAAACAAAAUUAUGUUAAAUUUACGACAAAAUUCUGGUGCCAGAAAUGUACCAAAUAAAUAUUGCAACCAUGUUUCGGGCAUUACAGGAUGUCAUUUUGAUGCCUAUAUAUUUUAUGGCUCACUACUGUUUGUAUUAUUAAAUGAUUUCAACUUGAU